UUCAGAAAAACUCACGAAAAGGGAAGGAGCAGAGCAGAGCAGAGCAGAGCAGCAACAGCGGUAAGCAGCAAGCCAGCAAUGGCUCCGUCGAAGGGGGUGAUUAUUACGGUGCCAGUACUAGUACUAUCAGUUGCAGCGACAGCUAUCUUUCUCUUCUUUCUCUUCCCUUUCCUCUCCUCCUGCUCCCGCCCCGCCACCAUCACCACAGACGACAGCGGAAGUUUCGAUAGAUCUGACAUUCAAAUCUCGGCGACAGAAGAAGACAUAGCUUGGGUGAAAUAUCAGAUCCAACAAAACAAACUCGAGAUGCUGCCUAAUGUUCUACGCAAGGGCAUUAACCCUCGGACUCGCGCCCAACAGCUGCAAGAUUUAAAUCAGUUCAAGGGCAUAUCGCACUACGAGGGAGAGGAAGCAAACAACCACACUGCUCUGCCUUGCCUCGGGGAAUUGCUUGUAGAGGAGCAUCACAGCAACUAUGGAGAGCCCUGGGCUGGAGGUCGCGAUGUGUUUGAGUUCCUUGCAGAGUCCAUUAAACUUAGGCCUGAUGCCCGUGUCCUUGAGAUUGGAUGCGGCACUCUCCGUGUUGGGUUACAUUUUAUUCGUUACCUUAUUCCGGAGCAUUACCAUUGUUUAGAAAGGGAUGAGCUUUCUUUGAUGGCCGCAUUUAGGUAUGAGCUUCCAUCUCAGGGUCUAUUGCACAAGCGCCCUUUGAUUGUGAGAGGCGAAGAUAUGGAUUUUAAUAGGUUUGGUUCUGGAAUUCGGUAUGAUUUGAUAUAUGCUAGUGCUGUUUUUCUUCACAUGCCGGAUAAGCUUGUUUGGGUAGGACUAGAGAGGUUGGUGACCAGGUUGAAACCUUUUGAAGGAAGGAUUUUUGUCUCUCAUAAUAUAAAGUUCUGCUCACGGUUGGGGGGAGAGGAGUGUACAAAGCGGUUGACAAGUCUAGGACUCGAAUAUAUGGGUAAACACACCCAUGAUAGUUUUCUCUUCAACCACUAUGAGAUUUGGUUUGAGUUCAGACGGUUGAAGGCUUAGGGUUCUCUAAAAUUAUUCUUCAUGGAUUCAGUGGAUUGGGAUUCAUUUGGAGGAAAGAAGCCAAUGGUAGCUUCAGUAUUCUUUCUGUGUUGCAUCAUCACAUUCUUGGAGGCUGAACUUUUCAAUGUUAUGUUGACAUUUAUAUAUGAAGCAAGAGGUUGACCGUUCAGAUCUGAAUGAUAAGUUGGCAAGAAGUUCUGAUCCAUUGAGGUUUUGGGAUAUUUCAUCCUUAACCAUGGUUCAAGUCGCUUAGUACUGCAUUGAAGGGUGAGGGAGCUGUGACAUUUGUUGCAUGUCUCAUGUUGGGAUUACUGCUAAAAUCAGAAUCAACAGUUAGGAUUUUCAUUGAAACUCAUGAUGUAAAUGGAUCUGUUGAAGUUGUUUAAGCUUUUAUUGUUGGCACAUCAGAUUGGUAAAACAAUUUUGACUUGUCAAUGAAUAUCUAUUUUUUUCCCUUUUUUUGGUUCAAUCAAUGAAUAUUUAAAUGACAUGUAAUUUGAGGGUAUGUUAGCAGUUUUUUUAUUUAAUUCUAGAUGGAAGCAUA